AUGGCUGCUGGUGGCAGUGAUCCGCGGGCCGGAGACGUAGAGGAGGACGCCUCGCAGUUGAUCUUUCCCAAAGAGUUUGAAACAGCUGAGACACUUCUAAAUUCAGAAGUUCAUAUGCUUCUAGAGCAUCGAAAGCAGCAGAAUGAGAGUGCAGAGGAUGAACAGGAACUUUCAGAAGUCUUCAUGAAAACUUUAACUUACACAUCCCGCUUCAGUCGCUUCAAAAACAGAGAGACCAUUGCCAGUGUCCGCAGCUUGUUGCUCCAGAAAAAGCUUCAUAAGUUUGAGUUGGCUUGUUUGGCAAAUCUUUGCCCUGAGACUGCUGAGGAGUCCAAGGCUCUGAUCCCAAGCCUGGAGGGACGAUUUGAAGAUGAGGAGCUGCAGCAGAUUCUUGAUGAUAUCCAGACAAAGCGAAGCUUUCAGUAUUAAUCUCAGAACAUC